AUGAAUCGCAUGGGCAAGAUCUCCAUCGCCUUCACCUCCCUGAUCGCCGAGGCCAUCAAGCUCCCGCCGGACGCCUUCAACAAGUACUUUGACGCCGACCAGCAGCACAAGCUCAAGAUCGUCAAGUACCCGGACGUGGGCGAGCUCGGCGGCGCCGGCAAGGAGGGCAACCAGGGCGUCGGCCCGCACAAGGACUCGAUGCUCACGAGCUACCUGCUGCAGGCGAGCAGCCACCGCGGCCUGCAGGUGCAGAACGUCAAGGGCGAGUGGAUCGACGCGCCGCCGAUCGACGGCACGCUCGUCGUCGCCAUCGGGCAGGGCAUGGAGGCGCUGACGCAGGGCGUGUGCGUGUCGACGACGCACCGCGUGCUCUCGCCCCAGGCGGGCCAGGGGGCGCGCUUCUCGAUCCCCUUCUUCCAGGGCGUGCGGGGCGGCGCCGACUUUGAGGACCUGGAGACCGUGGGCGUCGGCCAGGUCCCGGAGGAAGUCAAGGAGCAGCGGCGUAAGGUGCUGGAGGUCAAUGGAGGUAGGCUGGACGAUGUUGAGUUCACCUUCAGACGCGGAGGGGUGGCGAAGACGCUUGGGGAGGCUACUCUCCGCAACAGGGUGAAGAGCCAUCCUGAUGUUGGUGAGAGGUGGUAUCCGGACAUCCUGGCGCAAAUUAGGGAGGAGCAGAGGCGGCUCCAGGCGGCCAAAGAGGCAAAGGAAAACAUCUCUGAGCUGAACACACAACCUAAGGCUGUAGAGGCACACUAG